ACAGCCGGCAGCCCAGUCACGCGACCCGGAGUCAGCUGACCACCGGGCCGAAGGUGGCAGUUAAACCGCCGUCGCGAGGGGCGCCUCAGCGUCUUCCUGUCAGCGACCAUGUCGUCGUCGGCCGCUUCUCCUCCCGCGUCGUCCUCGGCGUCGUCCUCGUCGGGGGCGGCGGCGGAGGCUCCCCCCGGGGCUACGGCGGCUGCGGCGGCGGCGCUGCUGCUGUGGGAGCGAGCCUGGUCCCUGGAGGAGGUCCGAGCCGGGAGCCCGUGCUGGUCCUUGGCCGCCGACGCAGGGGUGAGAGGCCGGGGCCGCUGCCGGAUAAACGCGUCGUUAGGGGGCUGCUAGGCGUUUGCCACCCUCGCGGCGGCGGCGGCAACAGCGCUCCUGAGCGCGUGCAGAGAGCGCGGCCCGUGACCAGGGUGCCUGCGGAGGGCGGGGGGCGUUUCUGUCGUUCCCCUUGCCUCAAUGUAAAAUGCUACGUCCUGGGUUGAUAAAUAUUCGUCCAGUAUUUCAGGUCUCUCUCUCUCUCUUUGCAAAGUUAGGGGUCCUCUCCAAAAGCACGUGGUUUUUUGUUUUUUUAAGAUACAAUUUAUAAAUUUUAUAAUAACAACAACAACAAAACCAAAAUAACAUCAUAUCAAAAAUUUAACUCCUAUAUCUUAAUUGACUUCUCUCCAAUCCCAAUCCUGGUUCCAUUAUUUUAUACUAAUUCAUACACGUCUGUAGCAUCUUAUAUUCUUAACAGUCCAAUUUUAAAAUCUUACUCAUGUUGUUACAAGUGACUUUUAGAAGUUUGACUAAUGUAGAAACCUAUACACAAAGCUUGCAAUAUAUGCCUUAAGCAUUUUCCCAUUUUUUGAAAAACAACAUCCUUUUCUUGGGUUUCAAAUUGUGUAAUCCUGCAUAGUUCAUUAGUUUGUUUUGCCAAUCUUUUUCAUCUUCUUCGGCCAAAAGCAUGUGGUUUUUUUUUAAGGGGGUGUGAGAUGUCGUGUGUUUAAGCUCCAGAUAGCCAAGCACAAGAUUUGCGAAUUUGUGCGCAUGCGUGACAAAUUCCAGAGGGGCCAUCCUGUUAGGCUGCUCUAGGUUGUAAUGUAAUUGAUUGUUUUGAAGUCACUUCAGCGCCAGAUGAAAAGGAAAGAAAAGAAAAACCCAGCCCGCUCUAUGUUUUGCCAGAACAAAGGUGGCAAACCCUACUUGCCACUUCCUAUGCUUUAAAAGCCUUGGCCGCCUCGAUCAUGCCUAUAGGGAGAAGGGCACGACAUGCUCCAGGUAGCAGGCAUGCACUGCCAGAAGAAUAAGAGGAAUCGUAGAACUGUAGGGUUGUAAGGGACCCCGAAUCUCAACUAUAAAGCAUCCAUGACAGAUGGCCAUCCAACCUCUGCUUAAAAAUCUCCAAUGAAGGAGAGUCCACCACCUUCCAAGCAAGUCCCAUUUUGCUGUCGGAACAGAAGGAAGAAGUGGCUUGUGUCUUCCUUUCAGAAAUGAGCCGCCCUUCCGCUUGCGGUGGAGUUGCAAAAGUGGUGCGAUGUUAGUGCCCCACCUCUCUUCCUUAAGUGUGGUGGUGCCCAAAGACAGUUGGGAUGCCGAAUUGUGGCACUACCACCUGUGUAUUGUAUGUGUGGACAUUUGCAAGUCACCCAGGAGACGGACCCAGCCUUUCACCCCAUUGCUUUGUGCAUCAUAAGAGAUGAUCCCUUACACCCAUGGAAAGAAUGUGUGUGUGUGUGGCAAGCUCUGCCCACAUGGGCAUGGCCAGGGAGUUGCAGGGGGGCAGCUGCCACCCCCCAAAUCAAGUAGAAAAAUAAAAAUACUAAACUAACUGACCAUUCGUGUUGCUGAUAGUUUGGUUCUGCCCCCCACAACAAAAGUCCUGCAGCCCAUGCAUGCCCACCCCACUGUACCCAGCAGCCAUCUCCCCCACCGCCCACCCAGAGCUCUGAACAUAAUACUCCUCCUUGCAAGUCAUCCUGAUCUGAUGCUAUGCCAGAAGGAUAGCUAGCUGCCAGAUGUGUUGGUGGGAGUGGCAGGGUUGACCUAUGCAUCCCUGCAAGCAUGUACUUGUUUUUACAAUGUGUAUGGGAGUGGUGGUCAUCUGAACCCUCUUAAUGUCCGACGUGGGGUGUGGUAGGGUAUAAGAGCUCUUCCCAAUAGCCAUGUUCUGCCUGUGGAAUUCCUUGGGGAAAACAGCCUUGUAGGCCAAAUGGGCCUGUGAGCCAAGUUUGGCCUGUGGGCUGGAGGUUCCUCACACCUUCUAUAGUACAUAGAGCACCAUGAGCUUCAUCUUUGUUUAUUCCAGUUCAGAUUCUACUCUCAGUUCAUUCUCCAAAAAUAUGGUUGUUACACAGUCGGUAGUAUAUUUUUAGCUGCUUUCUAUAAACUGCCUGUAUUGCAUUUUUUAGUUGCUGGAUAGCAAGCUUAAUUAUUUUGUAGGAAGAACACUUUCCUGUUCUCCUUGUCUUACAUCAUUACUUCAGUUUCUAAGCUAUGGCUUAAAAGUCUGAGCAAGUGCAUAUUCUGUUUUUGUAGCUGUUGCGGUUUUUGCAAGAAUUCUCCCAGCAAACUAUCUCCAGGACACAUGAAAUCAAGAAGCAAAUGGACAGGCUGAUCCAUGAAACCAAAAGUGUAGAUUGCCGGCUGCACAAUGUCUUCAAUGGCUUCCUCAUGCUUUCAAAUACACAGUUCAUUGAAAAUGUGAGUGUGCAGUAAUUGAAUACUAUGAUAUGAACUGAGAUAUGCUUAAGCCAACUCUGGUGUAGUAUGAGAAGGCAUCAUAGAAGGAAGUGCUCGUAAUGAACACAAUAGUUCUAAUAGAUCUGAUUUGUGUGCCUAUCCCUUGCAACUCCAAGUACAAUAUCAUGUAAGCAUGUAAUUGAUUACUGGGUGCUUUUGAAUUCCAUAAUGCAAGGAUAGAUUCUUGCUCUCUGAGAUGUGUAAGAAAUGGAAUGCAAAUAUGAAAAAUGAGGAAUGGCUGACUUGUUGAACAGUAAAUUUUCAGAUUAUGCUAUAGCAUAACUAGUUUUAAGUGAAAGGGAGCCAAAGUACAGUGGUGCCCCGCAAGACGAAUGCCUCGCAAGACGAAAAACUCGCUAGACGAAAGGGUUUUUCGGUUUUGCGUUGCUUCGCUAGACGAAUUUCCCUAUGGGCUUGCUUCGCAAGACGAAAACGUCUUGCGCUUUUUUUUUAAAGCCGCUUGAAGAGGCGCAGUUGCGACGGACCAUGCUUCGCAAGACGAAAAAAUCGCAAGACGAAAAGACUCGCGGAACGAAUUCUUUUCGUCUUGCGAGGCACCACUGUACGUGGGUAAGGGGAGCUGAACACACCUCCAGACCACCAGAUUCACAACCCCCAGCUCCUUUCUUCACUAUCAUAUUUUCUACUUGGGGAUCAUGUACAUGAAGUAAAAUAAUCAUUUUAGGAGAGGGGCUAUGGGGGAGGGGGUAUUGUUUGUCCCUUUGGCUCUUUGGCUUGAAAGCUCCCCCCACCCACUUUAUCUGUGAUGGUGCAGGCUAAACAGAUGCCGUAAUCUUGUUUCAUUGGGCACUUGCUGUUCAGCUCUUCCAUUGAAAAGUAUUAAUAGUACAGGUAGCAUGGUGACUUGCCUUUGCUUGUGAAGGCUAUUUGUAUCAGAUACUGAAACUUAAUAAAAAAAGUUUGAAUUAAUUUUAUAGAGAGUGUAUGAUGAUGAAGUGGAAGAAACCAUAUCCAAACCUGAAGUGAGCGACAGGCCAGAACAGGCAAGUGGAUUACAUAAGAAUAUGUAAUAAUACAUAAGAAUAUGUAAUAUAUUGGUAAUUGUAACCUUUGAUAUUUAUUUGCAAUGCUGAAGAUUACAAAUUGAAAGUUCAGGGAAGGUGGGAGGAGGUAUUUAUCAAUGGCAGACUCUCCCCACACUUGCCAAAAAAUGAGUUCUGCUUUAAUCAUGGAGGAUUCAGAUGCAGAGGGCAGUGAUGGCUGGUAGGAAGCUUCUCCUCUGCAAGAGCAAAACUGCAAUAUUUGCAGGCCAUUGUUAUAUUUUGAGAGUAGUCAGUGUGUGUCAACCACCUCCUGCCUACCAGCUCCUACGUCCUCUCUGGAGCUGCCAAGCAAGCACAUUCAAUCUCUUUGAGGGCAUGCUCUGCCUCCUUACACCUCCCAAAUUACCUUUCUCUUUCCACCAUUCUCUUCCUUUCUCUGAGGUGGGGAGGGUGGGAGUCUGCUUGUUGAAAGGUUCAGGAGGAUGAGCUAUAGGUAACAUGGUUUCAGAGGGUGGUGUCCAUUGGUAUUUUGUUCCCCUCUCAGCUGCCCACUUCCUUCCUCUAAUGUGUAAUAAUGGAUUUCAUGUGCUUCAGGCACAGGUGAAUCAUUCCAUUUGAAAGCCUUCAGAUGAACGGUGUUCCUGAGCGCUAAAGAUCCUAUUUUUUAUGGCUUUCGUCUUCGAGAGAGACUGUAAUUCCAUCUUUGGCAUUUCCUGCCCUGUGUUGUGUUAUCAUUCUUGAGUGCAGUUUAAAAGGCAGACGUGUCAAAGACUGUGAAUUGUUUCAGGAUUGAAAUCAUCCCAUCCCCUCCCCAACAUGAUAUAUGAUAUACACACUCCACUCAUGCUCCCAGUUGUGUGGAUAGCUGGUGUGGAUAACUUAUCUGCACAAUCGCAAAUGGGGAAACAUCAGUUUUGAGAACCCAUGUGGAUUGCCCAUAACAUGCAUGAAGUUAUUUGUGUGGUGAGAAAGAGGGGUACCCACUUAACCACCACAUGGAAAUUCUCACCCCAGCAAAUGUCUAAACCUGGUCAUCAACUAAUCAAGCUGCAGUUAGAUAUAAUAAUUAUCACUCAAGCCAAGCAGUAGUUCUGCAGUUGGGUACUGUAAAUGUUAUUUGGGGUCCUUUUGUUUUUCACUUUUGUUGGGAAAAUGAGCGCACUUAAGUAGAGCUGCCAUCAAAGGCUGUUUGUACAGUGCAGAAUGUCCUCUUGCAAUCUAAGCCUAUUCAACUUGGCUUGAGUCUACUGAAUUGGCAAACUGCUGGCUUGUAGGCACAAUUCAAGCUGCCGCUUUUGAAUUUAAAAGCUCCAAGUUCUCUUUUUGUCCAUUACAAUCUUUUUACUUAUUAGAGAAGGACUGUUUUCAAGGACUGGCCCUAGUCCUGUAAAAUCUGCCUGUAUUUGAGUUAAAACUUGUUCAUUGUUGUUCCAGAGGGCAGGAUCAAUGGGCCAAAAUUCAAUGGAGGCAGAUUUUGACAAAAAAAUAGGAGAAACUUCCUAGUGUAAUAGCUGUUCAACAGAGAGGUAGUGAACUCUCCUUUACUGGAAGUAUUUAAAUAGAAACUAGAUAGCCAUCUGUCAGGAAUACUGUAGUUGCUUCCUGUAGAUUCUGCACUGAGACAAGAAUUGGACUAGAUCAGAGAUAGCCAAUGUAGUACCCUUGAGAAAUUGUUGGACUCCCAUCCUCCUUGACCACUGGCACUGCAUUGUCUACCCCUGGAGUAGAUGAUCUCCAAGGUACUUUGCAGUCCUGUGAUUCAAGAAAGCUUUUCUUUCCACCCCAUCUCUGUCUUUUAAAGUCAGUCUUGCCGUAUAUGCCUUAACCUUGUGUAUUUAGCCCAGGGUGGGGAAGUUGUAGUUCUCCUGAUGUUAUUGUACUAUAUUUCCUGUCAUCCUUGACUAUUGGCCAUGCUGGCUGGGGCUGAUGGGGAUUAAAGUCCAAAAAUAGCUGGAGGGUCACAGGUUCCCCUUUUCUGAUCCAGCCUCAUGAUUGUCAGUAUUGCUGCUCAUUACUGUCAAUUCUGAGUACUCGUCCCUUCCAUGUCUUGUAGGAAAUGACUAUUGGUGAUCAGGUUCUGUUGACUUCUUUUAUCAUGGUUAGUUAGUGCUGCAGUUUUAAGUUCAGCUUAUUUGUGUUUUUAUGAUUGGAUUAUUAUUGCUUUCAUAUUUGCUUUUUAUUUGUUAGGCACUUUAAGUGACUUCUUCAUGGAAGGGAAAAGGAGGGCUUUUUUUAAAAAAAAAAAAAAGUCCAGCUUUAUGAAGGCAUUCCGUUUAUUCAGGACAUUUUAGCUCCAUAUUUAGUAAUGCAGCCCAUUAAGAGUGGCCAAGCCAUGUUGACCAAAAUCCCAACUUUCCCCAUCACAUUUUUGAAAAAUGAGUAUAAUGGGAAAUUAACAAUGAAAUGUGUUUCUUUUGAUUCUAAAGGAGAAAACCCGUGAACAGAAAGAAGCCGAUCUGAUUCCCAAAAUCCAAGAAGCUGUGAAUUAUGGGCUGCAGGUGUUGGACAAUGCCUUUGAACAGCUGGACAUCAAAGCAGGGAACUCAGACUCUGAAGAAGAAACUAAUGAAAGGAUAGAACUAAUAUUGGAGCCAAAGGUAAUGUAACUUUGUCUCUAAAAGAGUAAAUUUACAAUGUUUUAAUUUCAGACUUUGCAGAGCAACUACACUUGAAGGAUGGAAAGUGGAAGAUACACAAUAGUGUGAGCGCUGCUUCUGAAAGGUGUUGCUGAUUAUCUGUCAGGGGUCCUUUACCUUUACCAUUUUUUAGCUGUAAAUACUGAUAGCCAUUCUCUUGUACCUUGGAAAAUAAGACAAUGGAGAAAUUGAUCUGGGUGCAUUUCUAAAUUUCAGUAACAUUAACUCUGAAAGCUCAUGACACAGUAAAGCAGGGGUGAGUAACCUCCUGCCUGUUGGCCACUCUUGACCGACCACGGGGUCCAGUUUGGCCUGUGAUGCCAUUCCCCCAAAAUCACACCCCCUCAUGUCAUUCUGACAGGUGUGAUGUUAACAGCAAGGGGAACUGGCAUGCACAGCAGAAGCAACAGGAUUUAAUCCCCUGCUCAUCAGUUUGAUGACCGUGGGGUUAAAUCCUGCUCAGAACCCUGCGGAGAGCAGGACUGAAGUCUCUACUUACAGGGUUACUGAGACAGAACCAUUGUGAAAUGCAGAAAAGUACAGAGAGUUAUUAGCAGUGACAAUUCACAAAAGAGUAGAUGACAGACAUCCAGGCAUUGGUGAGCCAUCAUUGCCAUAUACUUGAAGAUUGGCAAGUCCUCACUGUCUCCCUCAAACCUGCUGAACAAGUGAGUCUUGCUCUCACAUCCUGAACUAGAAGCAACAGCAGGCCUCCAUAAUAAUUUGGCUACAAUGUGUUAUAAAUGGUGGUGGAGGGGUGAAGAGUAUCAAGGCAGUGCUGUCUAUCUGUUAUUCUUCUUGCCUGAGCUGGUCCACCCUGCCAGUCUUCAUACACACACUCAGCACCUUCUCUGCAGAUGAAGACAGGAGAUGGAAUGUGAUAGUAGCUCAGCGACCAAAGAGGAAAGGGAACCUGUCCUCUUGGAGACUUAGCAGAAAGCAAGAAUUAUGGAAUCAUAGAAAUGUAGGAAGGGUCAACUCCCUACAGUUCAGGAAUAUGCAGCUGUCCCAUACGGGGAUCGAACCUGCAACCUUGGCAUUAUCAGCACCACAAAGAAGAGAGCCCUCUCCAAAGAGUCUGCACAGUGCUUAACUUCUGAAGCUUUUGGUCUUUCCUUUUAGCCCUAGGGAGCUGAUAUACAGUGGUACCUCGGGUUACAGAUGCUUAAGGUUACAGACUGCACUAACCCAGAAAUAGUACCUCGGGUUAAGAACUUUGCUUGAGGAUGAGAACAGAAAUCACGCUGCAGCAGCGGGAGGCCCCAUUAGCUAAAGUGGUACCUCAGGUUAAGAACGGACCACCCGAACAAAUUAAGUUCUUAACCCAAGGUACCACUGUACAUUACAGUUAGAAGGAAGAUCCCAAUUGGCAAUUAAUUCAGUGAGGCGCUCUCAUUCUUCCUUCUAUCCUUAUCUGCUAAGAUGAGACUCACCUGGAGGUAAUUUUGUACUCCGUGGUGGUGUCCGAGUACCUAAUUUCAAACCUGGAAUUGGGAGUUACCAUCAAGACAGGACACUACAAAUCAUUCAAUGUGUUUUGGAGUUUUAUCUAUGAAAUGUGUAAUUUUGACCUGUGGCAUAUUCAUUUGAAAUCUAAAAAUACUUUUUUGCCUUUUUUUACAGGAUCUUUAUAUUGACAGGCCUUUACCGUAUUUAAUUGGCUCUCAGCUCUUCAUGGAGCAAGAUGAUGUUGGGCUUGGCGAUUUCUCCAGUGAAGGUGUGUGAUAGGAUUAAUAAUGUAUUGGUAAAUAUUGAUUUGAGUUUGACUUGUGGCAGGCCAAAUACUUCAUUACUAAAAAUGUUGUAAGGGUGCCUGACAAAAUCUUAACUAGCUUGGAAAACCUAGUCUAUAGCUAAUUUUUGACGCUUUGAAAAAUGUGUCGCUUUUUCGUCUUAGUAUUUUGAACAAUCCACUAGAUACUUUGGUUAUGACUUAAGUGUGAGAUGGCUACUGAAUAUGUUUGAGUACCCAAAACCAUAUCUUUUUCAGUUGUGCCCUUAUGGAACCUACCAGGGUAUCUUCUGAUGAGCUUUCUCCCUCACACGAUUUUGUUGCUGUUGCUCUUAUUAAAUUUUCCAAAAAGAAACAAAAGCAAAUGCAUUCAGAGAAUACAAACUAAAUCGUUAUAAAGACAGUGCUCAGACAUUCAAGAAUAAAGAUCUGUAUAUUCUCACAUAUGUUCUUUGUAAAAAGAAAUCCUGGUUCUCCCCCCCCCCCAUUUGCUCCACUGGUUAUUUUUCCUGAUUAGUGCAAAACUAAAAAGGAAACCUAUUUUCAUUCAGUAGUGCAGGGAUGGAAAUGGACUGUGUUGCAGGAUCCAGAAUUUCAUUGCUGUAGGGAUGAAUUUGAAAGAGUACAAAAAAAAUGGUUCCCUCAUGGAAAUGCAGAGUGCUGAUAUCCACGGAAACUUUUCUGUGGGAAUCCAUGCAGCCACUGCUAGUUUUCUUGCAAAGAAAAUAUUUUCUUGUCACUGCCAUCUUGGACAUGGGAACCCAAGAGGACUGCUCUUCCACUCAAUGUCUCUGGGUUUGAAGAAUUGAAGUUGCAAGUGAAUAGGGAAGUGAUUCAUGUGAGUGAAAAGGAUUGUCUGAUUAUGUAUUUACUACAUUUAUAUACUGCUUUUCUGCAUUAUUAUUUUUAAUAAUGUAGGAAACAUAAUACAGAUGGAAAAGUAAGUCAUGUGUCAGCUCUUUCAUGUUGUUACAGAAGAGUCAGGUGGAAAGUUAUAUGCAUAGUUGUGUAUAAUUAUUACCUGGGGAAAGGAUCUUGGUAUGUAGUGAAUAAAAUGAUCCGCACAUAAGUCUUCUUUGUUUCCCUUCUAUGAAACAGAAGGUUCAGUAGACAGUGAUCGUGGAAGCAUGAUUGACAGCGAAGGCAAAGAUGAAGAGGUAAGGCAUGAAGACAAUUUUUUUUCUUGGAUAUCCCCCCUCCCCCCGCAGCUUUAAAAUGUAAAAUUGAAACAUUUUGGGGAAAUUAUAGGGAUUUAUGGAUUUUCAUGUUGGUGGGUCCCUGACUUUAUCUGUGGUAUAGACCAUAAGAUUAUAUGGACGUAAGAAGUGAACAUUUUAAAGCCUGUAUAAAUGCUGUUUAAUUUAGUCUGAAACUGCUUUUGCCUUUCAGGACCUGGAAGAAUUUGAAAAUGCAAGUGAGGAAGACCACAAACCGGUAAGAAGUCCACCAUGUGUACUCUCUACUAAUGUAAACCUUCAACUUUUCCAAGGGUAGGGAGUGGGCCAUGGAUUUUGAGUGUUAGAAAUCUAACAGUGGCAUAAGUGUACAAAUGGCCUCAUGGGGUAUCUUGCAAAUAGUAAUCUUUCCAAUGUUCUUUAAGAUAUGCACCUUCCUUGUUAGAUCUGACUGCUGAACUCCAAUAUUUUAAAAGUACAAAAUAGAUAAAGGGCUGUAUUUAACUAAAUUGUUGCGCUAGCAGAAGCCAGCACAAGGAUUUCUGCUAGCACAACAAGGUUCCCCCCCCCCCUUUCCUCCCCUCCAUGUGCUACAUGCCAUCCCUAAAACUGCUCUGAAGGGUUGGGGGAAACCCUGGAACAGAUUUGGGGGGGGGAGAAGGGGGGAAGGUUUCAUUGUGUGAGAAAAUCAUUGUGCUGACAGAACCUUAGCCUUUGUGCUAUGUUGAAUGCAACCCAUAGAUCAUGGGUCAAACCUAAUAAUAUGUGUGUGUGUUUAAAAUGAGACAAAUGGAAACUGAUUUUUCUUAAAGUGUUCUACAAAUAAUUUUAGGUAGCUAUUGUCUUAACUGCCCAAGUUUUCUUUACAGAACAGAGUCCAUACUAAUUCAUUGCUUUUCGUUCAUAGAAAGCAAUUUUUUUUGUUAAACCGAAACAAAGAGAUGUAAAAGUGACUAUCAAAGAAUCUUAACAUGUUUCCAAUAGAUUUAGUAUAUAUUUAGAAUUGUUCAGAGUUCACUGGUUAAAUAUUUCAACUUUAAAUGUGAUAUUUAAUAAAUUUUCCUUUUGUAUGAGAUUGGGGGAAUUAACCAUAAAAUGGAUGGGAGCAAGCAAGCCCUGAUGGCUUUGAGAGAAAAGAAGGAGUUUCCUUCUUCUACUUUGCCUUCCUCCCUGCUAGAUUAUUUAGGUUUGAUUUAAAAAAAAAAAGAGCAAAUGAACCUGAUAAGCUCCAGCUCUGAGCAGAGACACACGCUAUUCCUCCACAUGUCUAAUGGAAGAUCUUAAGAAAGCUGCAAGCAGCACUGAGAACAAGCGGCAGCUACUGUUAUAAAAGUAGAGAAGUUGUCAAUUUUAACAACCAAACAUGAUGCACAAUCAGUGGAGGUUCUGGUUUGCAAAAUCACCCUGCCAAAAUACAGCUCUGUGUAUGCAUAUGUGCAUGUGACCACUGUUGCAGCUUCCUUAGGUAAAGGUAAAGGGACCACUGACCAUUAGGUCCAGUCGUGACCGACUCUGGGGUUGCGGCGCUCAUCUCGCUUUAUUGGCCGAGGGAGCCGGCGUACAGCUUCCGGGUCAUGUGGCCAGCAUGACUAAGCCGCUUCUAGCGAACCAGAGCAGCGUACAUAAAUGCCAUUUACCUUCCCGCUGGAGCAGUACCUAUUUAUCUACUUGCACUUUGACAUGCUUUCGAACUGCUAGGUUGGCAGGAGCAGGGACCGAGUAACGGGAGCUCACCCCGUCGCGGGGAUUCGAACCGCUGACCUUCUGAUCGGCAAGCCCUAGGCUCUGUGGUUUAACCCACAGCGCCACCCGCGUACCUGCAGCUUCCUUACCCAGCUCUAAAUAAUACUAGGUAUGCUCAGUGUUCUCAGCUGAUUUCUGGCGGAGAGAAAGGCAAAUCACGAAGUUGCUUCAGGGUUGGGUUAGGUUGGCAGUGGAUGCUCCUGAAAAUGGUACCUGGAUGCUGUUAUAUGGCACGCUAUGUUUGCACACACACAGCAUUGAUUUUCCUGAUGAUGGGGACAAGGGUAUGGUCUUACAGCUUUUGCUGCAGUUGUGAAGAUCAGAUUAGUCCCCAAGACUGAUGGCCAUCUGGUGAGCACAGUUAAUGGGGGAACCUUAUGAACCCUAGGGUCAUUGGCAAAUGCCCAACUGUUAUGACCAGUGGCACUGGCCUUGCUUGAAUCUGUAUAGCAUAGCAGGUUAAAGUGAUUCCAGGCACUUCAACUGACAAUAUCUGCCUUGGGAAAGGCUUUCAUGGAAAUGAAACAUAAGACUGUGUGAGAGAAGAAUACUCUACUUGUCAUACAGCUUUCGACAUCAGGUUGAAUGCUCCUGUUGUCAGAAAGGAAAGCUGCUGCCUGACAAGCAUUGACUCUAAAGCUGGCUCAGUAUACUUCAUCUGAUGCCUUCGUUAUAUAUUUUUUGUUGCCAGGUGAAAAUGUUCCUAUUCUACCAGGCCUUUUAAUUAUUUAUUUGUGCUUUUUUAUGUUGUAUUUUUCUACUGUGAACCAUUCUCAGAUCUUUUGAUGAAGAUUUAUUAUAAAGCCAUUAAAUGAAAAAUAGUAAAAUAAAGUACAACUUUCUGUCUCAAGUGUCCUGGAGCAUGAAGUGUGGUGUGUGUUUGUUUUUUCAGAGAACGGCACUGAUGAGUGACGAAGAUGAUUUUUUUGGUGACUCUGAAAAAGGGGAAGACGAUGAUGAAGACGGUGACUUAGAAGAGAACGCAAGGCUGGUAAGUGAUUGUUGCCUGACGUCAUUUCUAGUUUUAUUCAGAAAAACUUCGGACAAAAAAAGGCACGGGGAAAAAAUAUUCAGCAUAGUUGAUGGAUUAGCUCUUCCAUGUUUAGAAAAGGACAGAAAACUCUCUGAUACAAUUCAGUUGGCUCAAAGCAGGGCUUUCUUUCUUGGUGCUGUAGAUAGCCUAAGACUAGUUAUGACAUCUAAAAGUACACUAAGUAAAACCUGCUUGGUUUCUGCUUGGCAUAUGACCCAGUAGAAUGUUUCAAUGUAAUAUAUUUGUACUGAAGACUGCUUAUUCGUAAAAUCAUAAUAAUAGUUUUAUACUACAUUUUUUCUUUGUUUAAGGCUUUAACACCACCAUGUGUUUUGCAGCCAAGAACAGGACCAAAAAGUCCAUACUAUGUACCUAAAUGAUCAUGAGUAACCUGCAUUUGGAUCCUAUAUAUAGCUUUGAAAAACAGAAAAUCAUCUAAAAUAAUACUAACAGACUGUUUUCAUACAAAACGUUGCUCAUUGGAACUGCAAGUUUUCUGUUCACAUGCGUGCUAUUUCUACAAAUUUGCUUCCCACUGACUAUUCUCCGAGAGCGGUCUUAAGACUAAUUUAACUCUUUUGGUAAUCCAAGGGAGAAUCUCCAAUCUAGAUGGUAAAGUGAUGUUAACUAGUAGGGCCCUGACCCAUUUUUGGGGAAGUGGGGGUAAUUGUUCUUAUGAUCGCCUAUUGCUUUCAUAGUCUGAAAAAACGGUCAGUUUUCAAAAAAAAAAAAAAAAAAACCCACCUUUUUCAACAGCAAUUUUAAAAAAGUUAUGAAACCAAAUUGAAACGAAAUAUGGGUGUAUGUUUCUUUCUUUCCCUCUUCCAUCCAUUCCCAUAUGACUACUUCAGAAAAAGAAAAGGCCCACAUCAUUUACAGAUGAGCUUGCCGCUCGUAUCAAGGGUGAAGAAGAAGAGCAAUCAUGUAAGCUGCUUCUCAGAGCUUUUUUCUUUGAUAAAGUUGAAUUUUGUGCAUGUGUGCGGUGUGAAAAACAUUUUCUGUUGGCAUUUGGAAACGUACAGGACAAGUGUGACGUGCAGCAAAAUGUUGCAACGUGGCAUUCUGUUGCUGGGGAUUUCAGCUACUCCCAUUUCAUUCUCAUUCAUCCCUUCCCAAACUAGUCAGUCAGUAUUCCAUGGCCAAUGAACAUCCUUCACCUUCACUGGGCAGUUUUGGGGUUCAACCCAUAGGGUUUUUUGGUAGUUCUCUCCCAAGGCUCCUGUCCCCUCCCUCUUGUAUUGGGGUGAUGUUCACUUUCGGCCUGAACUCUGGAAAUAAAGGGAACAAAUGUGAGCCUUCAGAUCUCUCUCGUCUCAGGCAGGAGACUGUGCAGAGCUAGUUGUUGACAGAACUAGAGAAUGGACAAGUAUCAUUCAUAUUGGUGUGCUUCUUUGUCCUUUUCCAAUGUUCAAUUUCCACCCAAUUUUCAGUGUUUUUCCUUUCAACAGUCAGCCCACCAUGAUUACUCAACACAUGCUCAGUCUUUCAGGUCCCUCCACCUCCACCAUAUUUUUCGCUCUAUAAGACGUACCCGACCAUAAGACGCACCCAGUUUUAGAGGAGGUGAACAAGAAAAAUAAAGUUCUCUCCCUCUCUGCUCAGCGCCUCUCCAGCAAAGCGGGAGGAGAAAUGGAAGGGGCUCCGUUUCUCCUCCCACUUCGCUGAAGGGGCGCUGCGCAGUUUUCCCUCUCUGUGCUUCGCCUCUUCAGUGAAGCGGCAGGAGAAGUGGGGCCCCUUCCAUUUCUCCUCCCGCUUCACAGAAGGGGCGCUGCACAGUGGCUCUCCAGCGAAGCGAAGCCAGGAGAGCAAGAGGGAGCGCUCCCGCUGCACUCCGGAGGCUUCGCGUUGCUUUCACUGAAGCCAUGGAGCCUGCAUUCGCUCCAUAAGACGCACACACUUUCUUACUUUUUAGGAGGGGAAAAGUGCGUCUUAUAGAGUGAAAAAUACAGUACUUCAUUCUUCUGCAAACCCUGAGGUUAACCUGAACCUCUUGACACUUCCCUCUUGUAUGUACCUGCUGCUGUUUGGACCACAUAAGCCUGCCAUUUUACAUAUUUUUACUAACGUUCAAAAACUAUCAGUAGCUGCUAUCAAAGAGAGAUCAGGGACUAGAAAGAAGAUUGAAAAAUAUUCCAUUUGGGUAAAGUCUUUCUGUUAUGAAAAUAGCUUUCCCCUUUCCCUCCACCCCCAAGAGGUAGAAACGAAAUUUUAUAGCACUUGUUUAUAUUAUUUUUGUUAAAAGUGGUUAUACCCUAACAGACCCAAGCAUAAGAGCACAACAUUAUGGUUUCUUUCUGGUUUUCAGUGAUAUGAUGCUGAUUGAUUCUUAUGUUGGCUUUGUGAGAUAGAUAGAUAGAUAGAUAGAUAGAUGGUGUUUUACUGUUAUGGAAGGCCCUUUGAGGGUAACUGUGAUAAAAAGUGAUUUAUAAAUAUUUCAUUUUUUCCUGGCUUUCUAUUUAUUGCUUGUCAAAUGUUUCUAUAAAUGAUGCAUUGACAAAGAAAAGUUAAAUCCUCAAUUAACUUUCUUCUACUUCAACCAUUGGUAGGUACAAAAAAUAAAACCACAGUGACAAAUAAGGAAGAAAGUGUCUCAUCAGAUGGUAAGUGUUGGUUUUUUCCCAUGUGUUAAGUUUUCUUUGGACGUAUGGAGGUGGAAUUGAUGGGGGCAUCACCUAGUCAUUCCUAUUCUAAAUUUCUUAAUGUUCUCAAUCUUAAUGAAUACUACUGUGAGUUGGAAGUUUCAGGUUCCCUUUUUUUAGUGCCAAGACAGAAGAGGCAUAUGGAGAAGGUUGAGCAAUUUCUGCAUGUCUUAUUGUGACCGCAGUCUUGUUGCUGUUCUUAAGUUUUAAAACAUUUCCUCUGAGAUGAGGAUGCCCUUUAUUGCGUUUUUAGACCCUUGUUGCUCCUUUUGCACAUAGCAAGGAACUACAAAAGAACUUGACACCAAAGUGCAUCAAAUGAAAUGUGAUUUCAGCUCCGAGUCCCAAUCUGUUACUUUAUCCAUUGAACUGUAUAGCCACAAAUACAAUGGAUUCAUUGCACUACUCUACUGUGGAAUAUUUAAGAGUGGGAAGCUUGAGUCUUUGUGGCCCUCAGACAGUAAAUUUGUCAGAGUUGUUCCUGGCUUCUUUCUGGGGUAGAUGACUUAGUUCUUCAUAAUGUCAUGGGCUGGUUGUAUGCACAGGCAUGGUGGGCAGAGCCAGCUGGGGAACCACCAAGGGAAGAAGGCUCAGAGCCCGGGGAGUGAUGGUGGGACAACGAUGAGUGGUCAGAGGGAGAAGACUAGGAAGAGGAAGUGUUGAAAGCUGAAGGAGUAACAGGGCUCAGUGAGUUGGGAGAGUCCGUGGCAGAGAGAAGGCCAAAAUCAGAGGCAGAAGCUCAAGCAGGCGAGUGGGAAUAGGGAGGUCAAGAGGCAGAGAUGGGUCGGUUUGGUGAAGAGUCAUGGGUGUCUCCCCCUCCCGCUGCAACAAACUUCCCUCCCCCUGACUCCCAGAACAAGGAGAGAAGUGAAAUGGGAAGAGCAAAGACAGGCUGCAUACAAGCACAGUAUCUGAUUGCUUGGGGAAAGCCCUGGAAAGGAGAAGACAUAGAUGGCUAUGAUUAGGCAGGGACCUUUAGUCUUGGCCACUCAUUUCAUGGAGUAAGGCCUACAGGGAAUAAGCUGCCGUGCCAGUUAGGCCUGAAACAGGCAAGUCUGUGAAGAUUCUGCUUUUGCUAAUAAAGAGUUAACUCCAAUUUGGAACUGUAAUUUACUAACUGGCUCGCUCUGUGACACAUAAUGAACUUCUUUCCAGCAACUGUAAAAUACAUUGAUACACGUAUUCCCUCUUCCUAGAUGAUGGGGAUAUUUUUAAGCCCCCCAAGUUGACGGAUGAAGACUUCUCACCAUUUUGCUCUAAAGAUGGCCUCUUCAGUGGUGGGACAGGACUCUUUGAUGAUGAAGAGGUUGGUAUGAUUCAAAUCAGCAGCUAGACUGGUGACUGGGAACGGCCGCCGAGACCAUAUAACACCAGUCUUGAAAGACCUACAUUGGUUCCCAGGACGUUUCCGAGCACAAUUCAAAGUGUUGGUGCUGACCUUUAAAGCCCUAAACGGCCUCGGUCCAGUAUAUCUGAAGGAGCGUCUCCACCCCCAUCGUUCUACCCGGAGACUGAGGUCCAGCACCGAGGGCCUUCUGGCGGUUCUCUCACUGUGAGAAGCUAAGUUACAGGGAACCAGGCAGAGGGCCUUCUCGGUGGUGGCGCCCUCCCUGUGGAACGCCCUCCCACCAGAUGUCAAAGAGAACAACAACUACCAGACUUUUAGAAGACAUCUGAAAGCAGCCCUGUUUAGGGAAGCUUUUAAUAUUUGAUGUAUUACAGUAUUUUAAUAUUUUUUUGGAAGCCGCCCAGAGUGGCUGGGGAAGCCCAGCCAGGUGGGCGGGGUAUAAAUAAUAAAGUAGUAGUAGUAGUAGUAAUCCAUGUACAGAAUCAAACAAAGAGCUCAGAGAUGAUACCCUCCUGCUCUAGAUGGUUAUACCUAACACAGCGUCUCAAUUACCAUCAUCAGCUGAACAUUUUUUGGAAGUCACUUAUAUCUCUCAUAUUCAGUAUUCUUAGAUAUACUGAGCCCAUUUACAAUUCCUCAAAUAUUAUGCUGCACCAUUGGCUUCAGUUGAGGCAUCCUCAUGGUAUAGCCACUUUCUUUUCUUCUUUUUUGUAUAUAAAAAAUUAUUAGGCUUUUGAUCAUUUUAUACAUAAAAAACAUAACCUUUCCAAACAUUCAAAUACAAGGUUCUUUUGAACCUUCGGACCUCCUUCCCUCCCUCCACGGAUUCCAUAUUUAAAUUUAAGUUUUCCACAUCUUUUACCAUUAUCUAUCUAUUAAUUAGCCAUAGUUAUCAUAAAUAAUUCCACAUUACAAGUGUCAUUACAUCCCUGCCAAAGAUUUUAACUGUUUACAAUGGUCUUUUAAGUAAAUUACAAAUUUACUCCAGUCUUUAGUAAAUACUUGAUCUUCCUGGUGUCAGAUCUUCCCCAUCUGUUUCGCCAUCUCCGCAUACUCCCAUCAGUUUCAUCUGCCAUUUUUCUUUCGUUGGUACUUCUCCUUCCUUCCAUCUCUGAGCUAGUAGCAUUCUCCCUGCCAUUGUUGAAUGGUAUAGCCACUUUCAGUAUCAUUGUAAAUGGCAGGAAACCACUUAAGGCUUCAGGAGAUCCAGAUGGUUGUUCAAGGCGAUCAAGUUUAUAGACAGUGGAUCUAAUCCUGUCCUUUUGCUUUCUUCAAACACAGUUAGGUGACCACAAGUAUAUAAUGCUGCUGCUACCUUUUCAUAUCAUUAAGUCUUUGUAGAGCGUUGAGUGGCUGUUGCAUGCUGUUUGAGCAUCUGGCGAAUAAAGUUCAGCCCACACAGGCAGGCAUUUUUUGCAGUGCUGAAAGGAAGAAGAGCAGGUGAAACUGGUACCAAGGCAACUCUCCAAAGUCAGGAAUUGAGUGGCACCUUUUAGAUGUGGCUUGCAGAAUUCCUGCUUGGGUUGAAGAUAAGGGAUAUUAAACCACUUUGAGGUUGUUGUUUUUUACAGUCAAGUAGUAUAUAAAUGUUAUGAGAUUGAAAUAAAUAAAUAUAAAUAAAUAAAAAUGGUAUGUUGAAAUGGGCAACAAAGUAUCGUUCCCGGAUGUCUCAUAGGACCCUCGUACCUACGGGACCGCCUCUCCUGGUAUGCCCCACGGAGGACCUCAAGGUCCAUAAAUAGCAACACCCUGGUGGUCCCGGGCCCUAAGGAAGUUAGAUUAGUUUCAACCAGAGCCAGGGCCUUUUCAACACUGGCUCCGGCCUGGUGGAACGCUCUGCCUCAUGAGACCAGGGCCCUGAGGGAUCUGAUUUCUUUCCGCUGGGCCUGUAAGACAGAGUUGUUCCGCCUGGCCUUUGGCUUGGAGCCAAUUUGAUUCCCUCCCCCUCUUUCUUUUUUCUUUUUCCUCCUGUGAUGAGGCUGCAUUUUAAUAUUUUAAUGUUUCAAUAUUUUAAUGUUGUAUUUUAAUCUUGUUUUUAAGUUGUAUUCAUUCAACUUGUUUUUAUUAUUGCUUGUGAGCCGCCCUGAGGCCGGCCUUGGCUGGGGAGGGCGGGGUAUAAAUAAAAAUUAUUAUUAUUAUUAAUAUUAUCCCAUAGUUUGAUAGCCUAAUCCUGAAGUUGUGGAUGUCCUAUUAUCUCACACUGGCUGAUUUCUGCACCCAAUGAAUCUAAGCUUUUCAUGUUGCAAUUUGCAGCGAGUAAAGAAAACUAAAUUAAAAUUGUUCCUUCUCUAAUGCUGUUUACCCCGGUAGUCUCAUUAAUAGCCAAGAAGCAAAAUGGUGGUUUGCUACAUGUCCUUGUGAAGUAUAUUUCCAAAAUGUCACCUUUUUUGAGUCUAGCAUUGUUUUAUUCUGUAGCAUUUGGUCCCUAUUGUUCAAGCAGUUACCCUAUUUGCCAUUUAUCUCAUGCAGAAACUAUUUACUAUUGGUCUCUCUUUUCAUCCAGAGUGACCUUUUCUCUGAAUUGCCCAAAGGGGAAGAUGUGGUGGAAAAAGAAUCGCGAGUCCCAAUAAAUGAUGGUGAGGAUUUCUGAAAUGUGGAACAGACUGAACUAUGGAGAUUUCCUUAAUGUAAUGGAGAUAUAUUAAUUGGGAAUGCUGGGCAUGAGCAUAGUGCUGAUUAUAUGAUGCAUACAUUAGAAGCCAGAAAACCUUGGCUUGAGUUCUAAUGUGCAACUUUCCAAGUGCUUAUGGUGGUGAAGAAAACCUUUUAAAUUUGAAAGUAGCAUCUGAUGAUGGGUCAAAUCAAGAGCCAGUUUUGACAUUCAGGAAGCAGAGCAUCCCUUCAAGUGUACAUCUUUAGGCCACAAAAACGCAUUGAAUUUAGGGGAAAUGGCAUGCUGGAGAGGAAACUUAUGCGGAAAUCUUGCUCCUUGACAUAGUAGCUUUUUAUAGUCAAGGAUUCGCCCCACCUGCAAAGCAGCAACCUCAAACAUCUGAACCACAGUCACUGCAGAGUUGGUGAGUGCUGCUUCCUUGUAACAUCUGAAGUAGGAGUCUUAAGGAGGUUCAGGAUAUAGGUAGGAGCCUACAUGUUAGGAACAUAGGAAGCUUCCUUGGGAACCGGAAGUUUGAUUUGCACGGUCUGCCCAUCAAGUCUCUGGUUGAGAGCAGUUGAGGCAAGGAAUACUAGGAUGUCUUUUGAAGGGGUUGCGGGGUGGGACGGGAAAUAGAGCGCAGGGGCAAGGAACAAAAAAUGGCCUGCUCAAACCCCUAAAAGCACCUAGUGAGUCCUGGAGCAAGGCUUUGAAAAUGGGACACUUUUAAAACGAAAACGGGCAAAACUAAGGGGGUUAUGCUUACCGUAUUUUUUGCUCUAUAAGCCUCACUUUUCCCCUCCUAAAAAGUAAGGGGAAAUGUGUGUGCAGCUUAUGGAGCGAAUGCAGGCUGCGCAGCUAUCCCAGAAGCCAGAACAGCAAGAGGGAUUGCUGCUUUCACUGCGCAGCGAUCCCUCUUGCUGUUCUGGCUUCUGAGAUUCAGGAUAUUUUUUUUCUUGUUUUCCUCCUCCAAAAACUAGGUGCGUCUUGUGGUCUGGUGCGUCUUAUAGAGCAAAAAAUACGGUACUUCAUAGAAUCAUAGAACUGUAGAGUUGGAAGGAGUUUGCAGUCCAACUCCUUGCAAUUCAGGAAUCCUGCCACUACCAACCUUCUGCUUAACAGCCACACUGACCCAUUUCACCACAGGACGGCAGCUAUUAGAGGCCAAGAGCCACAUGUAGGCUGCUGUGGUCAGCUGUGGGAGUUGUGGUUCUCCUUCACACACCUUUAUUAGCAGACCAGAAUGGGGUGAGUUUGCUGAAUGCCGUCUUCAUAUACUGAUAUUUAUAAAGACCAUGGGUGAUGGUGGCGGGAAUAUCUAUGAUUAAGUACUUCAGAGAGAAAUUUUAUCUGAAUAUGAUCUAAGCCAUCUUGAUUAUUAGAACUGUAUGAGCAGGGCAUUUUAUGUCCCUCAAACUUAGGGACAUAAAAGAGGAGUUUAACUCUUUCCCCCAUGUAUACAGUGAAGGGAAUGAUCAUGAGCACCAGCCAUGUCCCCGGUACCUACAUAUUCAGUGUUCAUGUGAAGGGGGAUGUACCGUAUUUUUCGCUCGAUAAGACACACUUUUUUCCUCCUAAAAAGUAAGGGGAAAUGUCUGUGCGUCUUAUGGAACAAAUGUGUGGUCGAUCGCUGGCUCCCUUUCCGGCCCCGGCUCCUUGCCCAGGCCUCCAUUGUUGAAUGUUCUGCAGACAGAGACUGUUUGUUUCCCCAGUGACAUGUGACUGACUGACUGAUUAGAUUAUCUGUCUGGAAACUGUAGAAAUGGCUCCCUUUACUUUCCUAAAGAAGCUGCAGAACUGUGAGUUGAACCCCAUAAAAACAGGAUUUUUCCCCUUUGCAAAGUAAGCUCAAUAACUUUGAGCUGAUCCUCAAAAAAGGGGCUUUUCCCCUUUGCAAAAUAAGCUGCACAACUGUAAGCUGAUCCCCCCAAAAACGGGGCUUUCCCCCUUUCCUCCUCUAAAAACUAGAUGCAUCUUAUGGUCAGGUGUGUCUUAUGGAAUGAAAAAUACGGCACAUGCAUUCAGAUAUACGGUGUAGGUCUCCUUCAGGUUAACAUUGAACGUGCAAUUGUCUUAGAGGGUGUGACUUGUAGGUGUGGUUGCAAUCCAUUCUUUGGGUUCACUGAACAGGUCUGGGGACCUCAUAUGUCUUAAUGGCCAAAGUGUUGGAUGUAACAUUGUUCUAGGUGAGGUCAUUCUUUUUACCCUUGAAGCAGCUACUGAGUGGAGGGUUAAGAGCCUUUAAUGUCAGCCAGAAAAGUAAAAAUAGGACAAACUGUACCUGUGAGAUUUCCCUUGUAUUUUCUUCGAGUUAUACCUCCCCACUCCUUGUAAACUGGUUAACUUACUAGAAAAAUGCUCCUUCUAGUGUUCCGUUUUAUAAUUGAUCAGAAGUAACUCUGAAGUGAAUGUUUUGCAUUUUCAAUUUGACCGCAUUAUAUGCUUUUUAGAGCCAUCGUCAAAACCUACAAGGAAAGUUCCUGCUGGUGCAGUAUCUCUCUUUCCAGGUAUGAGUAAUCUAGAGCUGACUUAAAAUAGUGUUUUUUAUACUUUCUACCUUCAGAUCAAUGUGUCUGUUGCAAACACCUGUGCAUUAGAGGAUUCCAGGGCAAGUUCUAGGACACCUGUAGGUCAUUUGAUCUCAUCUGCUCCCCUAAGGAAAGCCUAACUGGGUGGAGCUGAAAUUGGGAGGCUACAGGUUCACAUUUGGCUUGUAGGCUAGAGAUUCCCAGCUGUUUUAUAUGUGAUGUUAAGUCAUGACUGAGUGGGGUUGGGAAUCAGUAAGCUUGCAUAUUCAUAUAGUUCUCCUGGAAACCCAUCCAGUUAUGAUGAUUUGCCUUUCCAAUUUACUUGUUAAUCGCUGCUGGUGUUAAAUACCGUAUUUUUCGCCCUAUAGGACGCACUGUUUCCCCUCCAAAAAUGAAGGGGAAAUUUGUGUGUGUCCUAUGGGGUGAAUGCAGGCUUCAGGAAGCUAUCCGCAAGCCUUGGGAGCCCAGCGGGAACUCCCGCUGGGCUCCCAAGGCUUGCGGACAGCAGCCUGCAGCCUGAAACCCGGGGAGCGCAGCGGGACGCGCCCUGGGCUUCGGGCAGAUAUCCGCAAGCCUGGAGAGUCCGGCGGAAGUUCCUGCUGGGCUCCCAAGGCUUGCGGAUAGCAGCCUGUUCUGUGGGCUCGGGUCGGGGGAAGCUCGGGCUUCCCCCGCCCCAGCCCAGCAAGCUCCAGGAGCGAUGGCGAGGUUGCGCAACCUCGCCUUCGCUCCCAGACCCCCAGCCCCGAGGCUAAAAACGAAGCCAGGACAGUGAGCGGGAUCCAUCCCACUCGCUGUCAUGACUUCUUUGCUCUUUGGGGCUUGGGGGGGAAAUAAUUUUUUUUUUUCUUUAUUUACCCCCCCAAAAAAAUAAGUGCGCCCUAUGGGCUGGUGCACCCUAUAGGGCGAAAAAUACGGUAGCUAGUGAUAAUGUUCCUAAUGAUUUUAAAAAGCGAGGUCUAGAAGUCACCAUUAGCUUGUCCAAUAUUUGCAUCAGAGAUUUGGAGAGAACUUUUAUAAACGGAACAACAGUUAAUUAGUUUCAACGAUAAUAGGAACUUCAGUUAAACAUGAAAUGACAAUGUAUAUCCUCUAUAGGUGGAAAUGACGUGUUUAGCCCCUCCUCGUUUCUAAAGGGGAAAGAGGAUAAGAAACUGGCAGAACCUGUCACAGAUAAAGCACCUAGACAUGAAGAUGUUGGGCUUUUUGAUGAUGAUGAUGGCGGCAAGCUUGAGUCGAAUAAGAAAAGUUUCAUUUCAGGUAAGCUGCUGCAUUUCAUUCAUUUGGAAUCUUCCUUUAAGCAUUCUGAUAACUUGUUCUUCCCACAAAGCCUUGCUUGGAACAGAAGUGCUGAAGAAGUCUUUGGUUAGAACUUUGGAAUGAGAAGUGUGGCAGCAAUUGGUUAUUUAAUCAUCCAAGCAAUGCCAAGCAAAUCCAAGCAACGUAAAGCCACCCUUUAUUAUUAUUUGUUGAAUUUAGAUACUGCCCUAGACCCAGAGGUCUCUUUAUAUUUAAGACUGCCACUUCUUUUAGUGCCUUGUGCCUUUGACAGUGGCUCAACAUGCAUAAAUCUAGCAGGUGAAGCUUUUGUUGGUGUGAAAGUAAAAUGAUGGGAAAAGCUUCCGUUGUAAUAUGUUUGAAUUACAAGCUCCUGUUGAAAGGUCCUUGACAUGUAUUGAGUAAUAAACCUGGGUUUGUGACUAUGCACUGUUUUUCUGAUGAGUAUGAUAUGAUAUGGUGCUUUAGCCAUAAGCCAUUGCAAAUACAAUAAAAUAUACACAGUGUCUUUGAUAGUUGACUUCUUUUUUAAUGAGUUAACGUUUUCCCUGAAGUAAACCUUUUGUUUUUAAACAGCCAAACCUGCAACUGAUCUCUUUGAAGGUGAGGAAGAUCUGUUCAAGGAAAAGCCUGACAUUACCACUGUUACAAACAAAGCAGCUAAAGAAAAGAAAGACGUUACAGCAGGAGAUAAGGUAAUCAACAUAAAUAAACUUCAAAAAAUAAUAAUAAUAAUGACAGAUUCUCAGUUCAUUGAUCUUCCACUAUCCAGCAGCCUAGGGAGAGAAAGGGGUGGUUUCACCCACUUUUGGCUAUCAUUAAGUUCACCAUUGGCUUCUUCCUUGGAUAUUUCUGGCAUGCAAUUCAAAACAAUAGCUGCUGACAAAUCUACUCUUUCUGAAAGGAUUGUGAGAUCUUGCUCUGGAGAAAGCUGUGUUUAAAAAACAACAACACUUUUUACUAUCAAGACUUUAAAAAGACAGCAGCACUAGUAAAUCUUAAUACAGUUGUACCUUGGGUCCCGAAUGCCUUGCGAGUCGAACGUUUUGUCUCCUGAACACCGCGAACCCAGAAGUGAGUGUUCUGGUUUGCUAACGUUCUUUGGAACCCGAAAGUCUGACAUGGCUUCUUUGGCUUCUGAACGUUUUGGAAGUUGAACAGACUUUCAGAAUGGAUUCUGUUCAACCUCUGAGGUAAAGGUAAAGGGACCCCUGACCAUUAGGUCCAGUCGUGGCCGACUCUGGGGUUGCGUGCUCAUCUCACCUUAUUGGCCGAGGGAGCCGGCGUACAGCUUCCGGCUCAUGUGGCCAGCAUGACUAAGCCACUUCUGGUGAACCAGAGCAGCGCACAGAAACGCCAUUUACCUUCCCGCCGGAGUGGUACCUAUUUAUUUACUUGCACUUUGACGUGCUUUCGAACUGCUAGGUGGGCAGGAGCAGGGACCGAGCAACGGGAGCUCACCCCGUCGCGGGGAUUCGAACCGCCGACCUUCUGAUCGGCAAGUCCUAGGCUCUGUGGUUUAACCCACAGUGCCACCCGCGUCCCUCUGAGGUACUACUGUACAAUAACACAAGACGUACUGAAGAAGAACAAAAAAAGUUAUUGAAAUGGCUUAAUAGAAAACCUAGGUAAGUACAAAACAGAGAGUGAGGCAGAAGGCAAUAAAUGAAAAGGAGGAACAUAGUCUUUUUCGUGGCAUCAGGGGAAGGUGGCAUGAUUUGCACCAGUUAAGCAAAGUUAUAUGUUACAGGUAAUGCCAGAUAGUCAUAACUUCACUAGCAUAAGUGGCUUUCUAUGUUGUUUGCUUACGUGCAUCAUAAAAGUCCUCCAAGUGGCAGCAAAUCCAUUGGUUUAAGCCAGAGCUUUCCAAACUUUUCAAGUUGGUGACACACUUUUUAGACAUGCAUUAUUUUGUGACACAGUAAUUCAGUUUUACUAGCAAACCAGAGGUUAAACUAACCCCUUUCCAGCCUUGGGAGGACCGAGGGGAGUGUUCGUGUGACACACCUACAUACUGCAGCCGACACACGAACGUGUUGCAACACAUGGUUUGGAAAGCUCCGGUUUAAGCAGUCCCCUUCAAACCUUAAAGAUAAUGGAUUAAUUUUUCUGAGACAACUAAGAACAAAGCUUUCUUAUACCAGCCGUUCACAUUAAUAACAGAAACAUCUAUCCUUCCUCAACCAGUCUUGAGUGCAACUGAAAGGAAAAUUGCCAUAUAUUUUUAAGGGAGGUCAGCAUUUAUUCCUGGAAGACACAAUUUGGGAUGUAGGAUCAGUGAAUUACCAAUAAUGAUUCCAAUUUCCCUAAGAAAGUAACCACUUGGCCUUUUUACUUCUCACAUUCUGCAUAGUCUUCUUUUAUAUGAGCAGGACAUGGAUAUUGGGUUUCUCUAGGCUUGGCUUUUUUUGCAGCAGCAGUAUUUUGCAGCUUUUUUUUGCAGCAGUAUUUUGUAGAGAUGAAAAAGAAUACAAAUAUAAAGCUAACAAACUGACAGCAGAAAAAGGCACAUUUUGAGUAGCAAAAUUGGAAAAACAAUUAAAGUGGUACUUCGGAAGUCAAACAGAAUCUGUUCCAGAAGUCCAUUCGACUUCCAAAUCAUUUGGAAACCAAGGCGCGGCUUCCGAUUGGCUGCAGGAGCUUCCUGCAGCCAAUCAGAAGCCAUGUCAGACAUUUGGGUUCCAAAGAACGUUCGCAAACCAGAACACUCACUUUUGGGUUUGUGGCGUUCAGGAGCCAAAAUGUUUGAGUUGCAAGGCAUUCGUCAACGACUAGUUGAGAACCAAUUCCAAAGCAUGAUUAUUUUCAAAACCUUUGCAAAUCAACAUAAAUGUGUGCGUGUGUUUUGUUGUUGUUGUUUAAGAGUCAACCGUCUGCUGAAAACGUCCGGUCUUCAACUCAGACAUUUUCCAAAGGCCACAAAAGCCUGUUUUCUGAUGAGGAGGAUUCUGAAGUAAGUUAUUAAUCUAACCAUUCACUUUCGCACCAAACCCAACCGAGCUACAAACUUGUCAGUGGAUUUGGCCUGCGUGCCACAAAAGAUGUUUGGUCCACCUUUAUGUUGAUUGUCUGCAGUUGCGCCUCCCUUGUUGUCUAAUCAGCUGAGUAAAACUACAAGUAGUGGAGGAAAAGGUAAGGUUCCCAGAAGUCCACAAAGAGAGAAUGCUACCCUUCAUGUCUGCCCAUUGAUGCUGAAUAUUCCAGAAGAGUAAAUGUACUUCUGGGGGUGGAAAUUGCUGAUGCCAGCUUUCUUUUCUGUCCAACAGGAUUUGUUUUCUUAUCCAUCAAAAUCAAAGAGUUCAUCUUCUAGCAAAGUGACAACAAAGACAUCGCUAUCUUUGUUUGAGGAUGAGGAUGAAGAAGUAGGUGUUGCCUGAAAGCACUAGGUUCUACUUCAGAGUAAAGUAUGCUUUCUGAUGCAGGCCUGUAUGACACAAUGCCUGUGGGCUGAUUGUGGUUCUCCCUUCUCCCCCCAUUUGUGUCCCUACUGGGGAUUUCCAAACAUCAAUUGUUUGCAGCCCAUUCUUACCUCUUUGUGGGGAAGUUAACUGCCUGGCCCCAUGAGCCCAACAACCGUGGAGUAUGAGCAUGAGGAAAUAUUGCUCUUCCUUUUCCUGGACUCGCUGGCAUUUGGUGGAAUUGGUGCCAUCUUUGCCUGCCAGCCGGUCAUAAAGUACCUGCAUCUCAGAUUCUCUCUAGGUCGAAUUAAUUGCUGGAAGGGGGAAAGGGCCUUGUGUGCCACAAACUUCAACAAGGAGGAGUGGAUAUAAGAACUGGGAGCACAGAGGGCAGUAAGAGCAAAUAAGGAGCCUAAAGGAAGAAAAGCGGGUGUCACUGAGAAAUGAAGCAAACAACAAAAUAGAGUUUAACACAGAUGGAAGUUGCAGGAUCUCAAUCAGAGAGCAACUACAAAGGUUUUGGGGAACCCCAAUACAGCAUUGGACAUAUAGGUCUUCAGCUGGGGGGGGCAGCGGAGUGCUCAGCUUCAUUCUUUCAGAAUUUGAUUGUUCAGGAGCUUAAACAAGUUAUUUGAUAUUAGGGCCACUACACAAGCCUGACAUUGAUGGGAAGUCACGUCUAGAGGGUAUCUUGGAACACAGAAUGUAAGACGUACUUAAUUUAGUCAUAGGUACAAAAUCCUGAGAAUUCCAAUUUCCUUUCUGAAGUUUAUAGUCCUCAUGGUUGCUUGGAAAUGAAAGAGGAGUUGGGUAACAUUUUUAUCUAUAAAAGGAUAAAAACACUUUCUUGAAGGCGCCCACCAGCUUUCAUUGGCUCCAAGUCCAAUAAAUUAACUUCCCUGGUUUUCUCUGGUUCCUAAUACUAUUGAGCCAGUAUCUAUCUCAGUCUGUAUGAAAAAAACUGAACACAAACAGAUUGUGAUGUGCCUCCAACACAUUGUGCAAUAAAGAGCACAUUCAUGGAAAUCUGGAACAGUCUCACAUAAGGGUUCCGAACCUGCUCAAAGCAACAUUUGGGACCUAGGACUAGGCAAUGAAACAUUUGGGAGGGGGUCACCCUUGACUGUCUUGAUGCACACUAGAGGGGCAUGGCUCCCACCUACCUCUACAGUUUUUCGUUGAAUGCCACAGUGAUUGCAUCUUUGGGGAAAGUAACCAUCUCUUCCCUUUGUGUUUUCUAGGAACUCUUUGGGUCUGCGCCUAAGGCACAAAUUUCAAAACCACCAGUAAAGAAAGCAACCAGUUUGCUCUUCAGCAGUGAUGAGGAGGUAACAUGUGCAAAGGUUGUUAAAGGGUGGCUGGUUUUAUAGCUCUCAGUUAAGUGAAAGUGAUAUUAUUUAAUACAGAACUUUCACUCUCAGGUUUAGUUUUCCGCUGCUAUGUGUCAGAGCUGUUUGUGCAAGAUAUUUAUUUCAGCUGUACUGCUUCAGAGUCAAAGCUUUUACAAGCAGCCGUAAUGGGAAGGCUUUUCCCUGAGUUAUUUAAAAAAAAGGUUGUUGUCAAAUCUGAGAUAGUACUCUAAACCCUCUAUAAUAAGUAUAUUCAAAACUAACAGCCUCUACAAAACUCAAGGCAACAUCUCUUAAAAAAACUCCAGGCAGCAUCUUCUGAAAACUGGUUCUUCUGUUCAGAAGAUGAGAAGUUGGGCACAUAGAAGAAACAUCUGGGAUCUAGAGAAUUUCUGUCGGAAAGGUCUGACAGAGAAAAGCUGCCCUGCAAAUUUUCAAAGGUUGAGAAUCUGACAUAACUGGGUAGUAAAACCUCUGUACUCCUAAAAGUGUCAGGUCCAGGCUCCAUUGUUGAGUAAUUAGGGAACCGUUAUGAAGUAGUGUGCAGCACAAACACCAAAGGGUUUUGUGAGAGAAUAACUUGAGAACAUUGGAAAUUGUGUAUAAGACAUCACAGUCCAUGUUGUCUCGUUAAAACGGGUGGAGAACCUCCAGGCCCUAGGCCAGUAUUGGUCCACAAUGCCAUUUCCCCCAAAUCGUGCUCACCCACCCAUCAGCUUUGAGACGUGAAAGGGUCUAUAGUUCAUGGAUAGAAUACAUGCCAUUAUUGUCAAAGGGCGCUAGUUAAAUCCCUGGCAUCUCUUGCUGAAAGGCUAUCUUACAGCAGAGCUGGAGAAGACCCAUAUCUUAUAACACUUGAAGUUUAAUGGUGAAUUUUAGAUAUGAUGGAGAUGUAAAAGAUUAGGGUUAUUAUAAAAGAUGCAGGAGGAAAUGAUUAAUAAUAGGACCCACAAAGGGAGGAGGGAAGUCCAGGAGAUUCUUUGGAAUCUUGUCUUUAUGUUGUAUGUCUGUGAUUGUAAAUUUUUAAUUUGAAAAACCAAAUAAAUAAAUUUAUAUAAAAAAGGAAAAGACCCAUAUCUUAGGUCUUGUAGAACAACUAGUCUGAAUAGACUAAACUAGGCUAGGUGAACCAGUGACUUGAUUUGGUGCAAGACUGCUUCAUAUGUCCGUACGAGAACUAUGCUACAGCUUAAAUUGGCUUUGAUUUAAUUCACCUAAGAAAGGCAAAUGCUAAGUAUUCUGGGGGGUUGACUUGGCUGAACUUCCUUGAUCAUUGUGUUUCACUGUUCUGGUAGCUUCUCGGUUAAUCACUGUGUUCAGAAAUACUUCAUACAUGCUUAACCCAGUGAACUUGAGGAAUGCGAUUAAAAAGACAACCCCUGGUACAACAAAGGUAUGAAUAAUUGCUGUAUUUUUAGGACCACUGGAAUAUUGGCCAAGAGGUCAAACCUGCCUCUGAAUCCAGCCAGAAAAAGGAACCUACAAAAUCUGCCUCUGCUGCCAGCCACACAGUUAAGACAGGCCUCUUUGAGGAAGAAGGCGAAGAAGAUUUGUUUGUUAUCACUAAAGACAGGUAAAAUGUGGGCAUUAGAAAUGUAUCUUCUAUUGCAGCAGCUGUGUCUAGUUCUUCCCUUGGCAAUGGAUAUAGUGCUUUUUUUGAACACUUUCCCCACAGGAGUAAGCCAGGCAAGAGUGGAUUAACUCUGUCUGCUGCCUAGGCAGGCAGAAUUUUGAACUUGAAGCAGCUUGGACUUUUUGCUUGCUAUUUGAAUGUACAUUUGCAGUUUUAGUUUGUUGUGUUGGUUUGUAUGCCUUAUUUCACUACAGUGCUUUCUAUAUAACUACUGUACUACUUUGUUUAGCCACUUUAGUAACAUAACUUUAUGUUGCUGGUGCACAAUACACAAUAGGGGUCCCACAACAAUCCUGGUUUGCAUACGUUGCCUGAGCCUGUGGUUAGCUCUGGAUUGAGGGAACACAUAAGAACAGUUAAUUAUUAAGUGAUAAAUACCACUAGUAUAUGUUGAAUUGAAACACAAAACGUACUUAAUUUCUAUGCAUCAUGUUAAUAUUCAAAACAUUAUACACCAAUUAUUCCUGGUAACAACUUUCGUUGUUUAAUUAACAAAAUUAUUCCACCUUGUUGCAAAACUAUCAUCCCUCUGUUUUUGUUGCAGUAGUCAAAUUAACUCAUUUCAACAAACUGCCACAAUUUUUCUACACAUUCUUUUGCAACAAAUACUUUAGCUGUGGUCAACGUAUAGGAAUUCUCUUCUAUUUCCCCCUAAUCCUUUCCCAUCAUUUAAAAGGAAAAGAGUGGAGGGGGAUUUUAUGAACUAGGCUUUAAAAAAAUAAAAAAAUAAAUAAGACUUUAAUUUUUUUCCAAUACUUUGUUUUGUCACCCUUCGUGUCUGUCUGUCUGUCUGUCUAUCUAUCUAUCUAUCUAUCUAUCUAUCAUCUAUCUUACACCCCCACCCCCACUGUAUCAUAAUAUAUAUCACAGACAUAUACAGCAAUAUGAAAGCAUAAAACCACAGGCCAGAGGUUCCCUACUUAUGACCUAGAAGUUUGUCCCCCUGUGUGGAACCAGUGGCCUAAAUUUCAGGGAUGGGUUGUGGUUACUUAUCCUACUACUGUUGUAAUCAGCAGGCAGUCAGAGGACUUGGAUCUUGUACCAAGAACUGCCAUGUUUGAUAAUCUGAUUUGUGUGAUUUCAUGGUGCUUCUUUUUUUCUUGUUGCAGUCAAAGAAAACCACCCAAAGCUGCCCUCUUGUUCCAAGAAGAUGCUGUAAAUGGAGACUCAUUCUUCAGCAUUCAACCAUCCCAUCUCCCAUCAGGUGUACAAGAAGUAACGGUAUAUACAGCUCAAAUACAGCGUUCUAAAGUGGGAAUUUCUCAACACUUUGCUCCCAACUUUUUUCCCAUAUGCUUCACAGCUCUGCUUUAAUCCCCACAUAUUUCUGCUAUUCAAAGGAUGGAGACAUGCUCUAACUCCCUCUGCCUAGUCUCUUCACCACAAAUGUGGAACCUGUAACCUGCCAGAUGUUUUUGGACUACAACUCCCAUCAUCCCUGACCAUUGACCAAUCCGGCUGGGACUGAUGGAAAUGAAUUCCAACAGCUGGAAGACUGAAUUCCAGCAACAUCUGGUUGACUACAGGUUCCCCAACUUCACACAUCCAGUGAGGCUUCUGGAGAGAAAGCCAGGCAGCUGCUGUCUAUAGCUUAUCCUUAGGCUGCUUUGUGAGAGAUAGUGCCCUCCUUAGAGAAAUCUGAGAUAAACAGCAAAAAUGAAAUGAAAUUUUGUCGCACAUUAAAUACUGACAAAUUUAUUAUGGCAAAAGCAUUUAUGGACCAGAAGCAACCUCAUCAUAUGAAUUGCUGUAAAAAAAUCUUAAACUUGUCAGCCAUUCUCAACUGAACGUGAUUCUGUAACACUCCAUUUUGCAUUGUUGAAAUUGGCAAGUUUUCCAAGUCCAUUGAGAAAGGGGUGAGUUCCUGGUCCUUCAUUGUUAGAUCUUUUUUAUUGUGGUUUUCUUUAUUUACAGUAUAUAGCAGUCACAAACAGCGAUUCAUACACAGCUGAUUUUUGUUUUUUUUUACAAUCCCCCCUUUCAGAAGCACCAUAUGUCUAUUUAAAUACAUUUACCUUCUAAGUCAUUUCAGAUUUUAAACUUUCAUUUAUUGAUCAGCAGGAGGAUUUGCUGGGAACACGUCAAAAGAAACCAGUGGAAGAGAAGGCAGGACCUUUGGGUGAACCUGGUACACUUCACAGGUCUGAUCUUGGAGGAGGAGAUGCAGGAGAGCAGCAGAGGAAGGAUGAAGUAAGGAAAACCUAUUUAUGUUGAACAAACCCCUGAAAAACAUUCCUUUGGCAAGUAUGUCUUCAAUGAUAGAGGAGUCUAGUGGGCACAUUGUUAGAGUUGGUCUUAGGAAACUUUGACCCUGUUAACUUGGUUUGAUUUUCACUAAAUAAGUCAUAUUCUGCCAUUUUUAGCCUCUUCUGUGACCUAGACAUUAGCUCUUCCUGCUUUAGCUGUAUUGGACAAGUCCUGUAUUAAAAUAGACUCAAAGCAGCAUUCAAAAAUUAAACACAAUAUCAGAAUAAAAUCUAAUAAAAUAAUAUAUUAAAGCAUGGUAUUGUUGGGGAGCAGGGCAGAGAAGUAGUAUGAAUAGUAAAGACAUCAGUAAAUUAGUGAUUAGUAACCAAGGAACCUUUGGCACAAAAAUCUUUUCUUCCAGCAGAAGAUCACUAUUUUAAUAACGCUAUCUUAAUAUAUUUAGCACCAUUGGACAGUAUACAAAGUAACGUAAGCAAAAUUAUAGGCUCUUGCCCCAAGGAUGUUACUCUCUUGAGUUAUUUUGAAGGGAGAGGCCAGGGGGUAGUUAGGCAGAGAUGUUGGGGAUAAAAGUAGGAACCAGUGUAGCAAUAUAUACUUGGGCUUAGUUGUCUUAGAGAACAAGGUCUUCAAGCAUAAACUAAGCUUUGAGGGGAGAGUUGAAAGAAGAGAGAGGUGGCAUUAUGGGAGGGGUGUUUUAGGAAUAAGGGGUAGUAAGGUAGAAUAGGCAGUCUUGUUUAAGGGAGAAUGGUAUCUUUUGGGUAGCUGAGGAUGUCAAAGUUGAAGAAGGAAAGGUCAUGGGCAGAGAUAUAUCUGUAUAAUGGGUCAAGGCUGAGAAGGCUUUGAAUGCCAGGACAAAUAAUUUGCAUUAUAUAUGGGAGUGGGCAAGAAAGCAAUGCAGGAGUUUAAAGAGAUCUUUCACAUGGCGUGAAUAUGAGACAAGUGAAGCAUCUUGGAAACAGAAUCUUAGAGGUGAGAGUGAAAGAGAAGGUUGUAAUAGUUAGAGACUAAAUUGGAGGUUUCAGUGAGGGAACAGAGGAAGAGCUGAACCUUUGCAGCGCUGUAUAGGGAGAAACCACGGACAAGAUCACAGGAACUGCCAAAGCAGUGAAAAUAGUCCAAAAGUGACAUAUCAAUUGACAAAAUGAAACUGCCUAUAAAAUUAAUAUGUAAUGAAAGACAGCGGUCAUGAAAGUAAGUGGUAGCUAUUGUUGUGUAGCAAUUUCUCCAAAGAUCUCCAGUUAUAGAAAUCAGCUGUCAAUCCAUGUAGCCAUUUUUGGCAAGGAAGGCAGCCGAUGUUGGGGUCACUAUACUUUUUUUUAAAAAAGGUGUCUACAGAUUGCUAAGUAAUAUACAGAUGACUUUCAGCAACUACAUCUAGGUGUACAUUUAUAUGUGUACACAGAGAGAGAGACAGAGGGGCGGAGAGAGAGAGAGAGAGAAGGAAGACUGGCCUUUGAAAUGCCAAAAAUGCACAUAUUUGAAGGUUCAGAGAGUUUUGAGGUUUGUUUGGGAACCAUGAUCAUUUGUGUGUUCCAGGCAGAUGUGAUCUUGCACCUUAAGCGUGCAACUCAGUAGCCAGUUUCUUGCUACCUUGAGCAUAUUUUCAGAAUGGUGGUAGGCAAACAGAAACAGAAAGUAAAUUAAUAAAUGAGAGACGGAACCUUUUAAUUUGUUGUUCCAAUUACUGGAUAAGGGGGUGUAAAAUCAAUUCAACUACUUCUAAACCUAGCUUGAGCAUUUAGCGCAAUCUGCUCUAGAUCCAGUGGAUAACUUACAUUUGUUUGAUAACUCUUAGCCCCUUUUGGAGAAAGAUGUUAAAAAAAGGAUUAAAAGUGUAUUCAGCUUAUUUGACGAAGAGGAGAAAAAUGAAGCUGUGGAUGCUGAUAAAAUGACACAGAGGGAAAUUGAAAAGGUGAGUGAUACUGGAGUCAUCCUAAAAAUAAAGAUACAACAAUUAAUAUAAAUUUUUUUAAAAAAACACACCACCAAAACACCCUAAACAAUACUACAACCCAAGAGUCUGUUCAGUAGCGUUUGUAGCUGGAGUCAGUCAGGGCUUCGCCCUCCCAGGCCAAUUGGGAAAAUGUCUACAAGUCAGGGAGCACGUCUUCUAGGGCUCACAGCCAAGAUGCCAGGUAAGAGAAAGUUCCUAACGAAGCGUUUAAAAGGUAAAGGGACCCCUGACCAUUAGGUCCAGUCGAGACCGACUCUGGCGUUGCGGCGCUCAUCUCGCUUUAUUGGCUGAGGGAGCCAGCGUACAGCUUCCGGGUCAUGUGGCCAGCAUGACUAAGUCGCUUCUGGCGAACCAGAGCAGCGCACGGAAACGCCGUUUACCUUCCCGCCGUGUGGGUUAAACCACAGAGCCUAGGACUUGCCGAUCAGAAGGUCGGCGGUUCGAAUCCCUGCGACAGGGUGAGCUCCUGUUGCUCGGUCCCUGCUCCUGCCAACCUAGCAGUUUGAAAGCAUGUCAAAGUGCAAGUAGAUAAAUAGAUACAGCUCCGGCAGGAAGGUAAACGGCGUUUCCGUGUGCUGCUCUGGUUCGCCAGAAGCAGCUUAGUCAUGCUGGCCACAUGACCCAGAAGCUGUCUGCGGACAAAUGCCGGCUCCCUCGGCCAGUAAAGCGAGAUGAGCGCCGCAACCCCAGAGUCGGUCAUGACUGGAGUCCCUUUACUUUACCUAUGAAGAAAGAUGCCUGCACUGUAAACACAUAGCAGCAACAUAGUUACUUAAGGACACAUAAAAUUGAAUCAGUACUACUUAAGUAACAUCAUGAAUCAGGGAGCAGACAAGGGACCUCUGCUGCUAGGUGGUGGUGAGGUUGUGUACACGAGUGUGUCAUGUGCAUUCACGCAGGUAUCUGGAAAAUUGAAUUGUUUUAGGACUUAGAAAUAAGUUGACAAGUUGACAGAGGUUACAAACUCAAGUUAUUAAGGAGUCCACAAAGCCUCUUGAGCCUUGCUUCUUUUCCAGCCCUCCGAGAACAGUAUCCCUUCCAAGAGCACAGGCGUCUUUCAGGAUGAAGAACUUCUCUUCAGCCAUAAGCUGCAGAAAGACAAUGAUCCCGAUGUUGAUCUUUUUGCUCGCAGCAAAAAAGAGGUCAGUCAGUCCAAAAUACCUUUAAAGUGGGUCCUCGUGUUUGAAAAAAUUAAAACCAAAAGAAAAAUUCCUGUUGGAGCACUAGCAGAAAAACUUUACAAAGGAUGUUGUUCAAACCCUGCUGACUACGUGCAGUUUAACAAGGCGGCCAUGCAUAUGCAUGUAAUAAAAAAAUUCACAGCAGUUAAAAUCUUAAGUCAAUUCAAUGUCUUUUUGUGGAAGAGUCUUGCAUCAUAGAAGCCCUCCACCCAUUUAGUGGGGAGCCUCCAAGCUGGUUUAAAUGGACUUUAAGAUUCUUCCUGGGCUACAUUCCUUUCUUGUGCUUUUGCCUGUCUAGAUUAUGUGUCUGAGCAGUGAUAAUGGCUCUUGCUUACCUGGUUGGGGAAUGGAAAGGAGUGUGUUGAGAAGGGGCAGAGUACAGAAACUUGAGAUUCUUGCAUUGCUGGAAUGUAGCCUCUGCUGGGGGCCGCUAGGGGGCGCAUUGGAAGAUGGCCGACAAUACCAUCUCUCCGACCCACACGGGGUAAUUAAGAGGCUGUUAUGGGAGUAGGCAGCCUCCCUUGUUGCCCCAAGGAAAUGGGGAACACUGCCCUUGCCUGCUGUGCCCAUAAAUCACCCCAUAAUUCGAAAGAGGGGGUGAGGGCCCUAGGCAGAAUGCCCCCGUGUGGACCUCGGCUCUCCUGGACGCUGUCUCUGAUCGCGCACUAGUUGCAGCAAUUUGGAAUAAUUAAUUACAAAAGAAGCAAAUGCACAUAUUUCAAGUGAAGAAGGGGAGUGAAGUCUGCUAAUUUAAGUGACCUCUGCGAAAGAAGACGACGGGCUGGAGAAACAGGAAUAUUUUACGAUGAAGAUACACCAAAGGCGGGGUAUGUUGACAACGGGGCUGAAUGGGGGGGGGGGACUUUUUUACUUUCCUUCUAUGUGAUUUACAAGAACCCCUCCUCAUUAGAACCGUCGGUUGAACUGACCCAAGCAGGAUGAUUAAGGUCUGUGUGGAGAUAAACUUUAACCAAAAGUAUGCUUUAUGGAGACCGAGAAGCAAUAAGAGCUUUUGGGAAUGGCGCAGCAAUUAAUUCGGAGUCGCCAUCUUGCCAAAGGAUUUAUAGCCGGGAGGAAGAACGGAUUUGUUUUCAGACUGCAUUCCUAGUGAAUCUCCUCAGAGGUUUUGAGAAAGGAGGCAGAUUGGUGAAGAUUAAUGACGCUAAGACUGUUUUGAUGUAUGAAAGUGAUGUUAUAUGGAAAACGUCUGGAUAUGGCUACUGGAUAAAAAAAAUAAUAUCCACGCAGGAUUACAAACUGUUCUAACCAGCUUGCGGAGACUAUCAGAGGUCACAAAGAGAAAGGAAAAAUAUAUGAAAAUAACAACAAGAGAUGUGGAAAAAUAAUAAGAAAGGACUGGAUAGUACUGUGAACAUCAUAAGGUUAGAUUUGUGGACAUUAAAACAGCAGUAAGAAGCAAGAAGUUGAUUGGAUCCCUUCGGAACUUGAAAUAUGGGUACCCCCAACAAAAAUUUAAAAUUCGGCUGUGUAAUUUGGAAUUUAUGUAAUUUGGUUUGAUUUGAUGUGAUUGGUCGGUUAAUAAAAAAAUUAUUCUUAAAAAAAAAAGUAAUGUAGCCUCUACUGUGCAGAGAUAAGACUCGCAUCAGCUGCUUUGCCUUCUUUUGCCUCUGGCCCUGCCCACCUCUGGAAUGUGGCCCCCAGAAAGCUGCCUGGGAGGGACAGCGGCCCUUGGGCCCUAAAUAUUCCCUAUCUGUGGUUUAAAGGGGAUAUAGUCAGAAAGUGACUCUUUGUGAGAAAAGGUAAAAAAAGUCUAGAACCACACACACAAAAAAUCUGCCUCUACUGUUCUGUAAAGGAAUUUAAUAUUUUGUUUUAUUUUACUUAUAAGAGACUGAUUUAUUUCCAUUAUUAAUUUCAGGUUCCAAAGCCCAGGGUAAAACUUCCAUCUGAAGGAGGGCUGUUUGGAGCUGAUGAUGAUGGUGAUGAUGGUCUAUUCAGCCCUUCUAAAGCAAAGCCCUUGGUACUUGCCAUUUUGUCCUGAGAAUUUGAGGAGCAGUAAUGCACAGAGCAAAGUUGCCCGUUGCCUUGCAUAUUAAUCACAUGGAAUGUUACGGCUUAAAAAAACUCUCUUCUGCAGCCACAUAAAUUAAGCAAAUUGGGCAGAUGCACUGUUCAUGCAAGUAGUGUUCUUACUCAGUGUUGCAGGAUUUAGAUUUUUGACUCACUUUUUGUGGAAAGAAGAUUUGGGACCAUAGCUGUCAACCGUCCCUUAUUUGACGGGAAAGUCCCUUAUCCCAGCGCUGUGUCCCGCUGCUGUCCCUUAUUGAUGAUGUACCUUAAAUUUCCCGGGUUUCAAAGGAAGCAGCUCUCUCCCUCCCUCCCUGCCGCCCAGGGAGGAGGGAGGCUCCAACUGUGUUGCUUGGCUGCGUUGCUCACCCAAUAAGGAGUCUAAGAACAACUUGGGGGGGGGGGGGAGCUUGCAUGCCUUGUGCCGAUCAAAUCGGCUGCAUUGCCUGGGGACUCGCCUUUGCUCAGCGCUUCCCAGCGGAGAGGUGACGGUGGUUUUCCUUGCUGCAUCCCCUUUGCUGGGUUUCUGCACUGUGGGAACCACCGCUUGAGGCUUCAUUUGGCUACUGGCUGGGCUUUCUGCCUUUGGCUUGGAGGUGCUCAGAAGUUGAACAUACCUGUGCUUGGAAAAUCCCUUAUUUUGGCUGCUGAUCCCUUAUUUUCGAGGCUGCUGGUCCCUUAUUUUCAAAUCUGUAAAUUGACAGCUAUGUUUGGGACUAGAGCUAGACUGAUUUUUUCAGCUCAGCUCUUUUUGAACAAGGAAAUUCUCCUGAAAACAGGGAAGAGAUGAGACAAAUGCCUCAUACUUUCAUUUAAUGGGGGCUGGCUGUACUGUACUUUUUAGGACGAAGCAGCCCAAGAGUCUUCUUCCUCCUCUUGUUUUUUGUUUUAAACCCUCACCAGCCAGUCAUUGCAGCCAACAACUCUCCACAGCAGCUUUUCCGAGUUCCACAUUUGUGCUAGAUGUGGCACAGGAAAAGGAAUAUCCCAGGGUCCUCACAUUGUCUUUGUUGUUCUUUUCUGCUUUUGAAAGUUGCCUAAUCCGAACAGGUUCCAGCACAGGAGGGGAGAAUUAACCAUCCCCCAUGCACUGCAGACCCAGUGCAAAUUGCCUCUCCCCACCCCCAUCUUAGUCUUAAUUUUUAAGAUGGGAAAAUAUAUAUAAGUGUGCAGAAUUUAGGGUAUUCCUCUUCUUGUUCACUUACGCUUCUUUAUUUUACUUUUUGGAAGGUAGCAGAGAAGAAAACAGUAAUCUCCUCUUUGGAAGAGGAUAGUGAAGUUCCGGAAAGUAAUAAAAACGCCAUACGAGAAGAAUCAAACUUAAAGGCCACUGAGGUUUGUAAGUUCCAAUUUUAGAGAGCUUCGAGAGCUUGUUCCUAAAUGCAGUUCCUGAACUAUCCCCAUUUUCUAUCUAAGCAAGCACAUAAGACACUCAAAUAUCUACAUAGAUAUUCUCUUUGCAAUCUACAUAGAUAUUCUCAUUGCUCCUUUAACUGCCUCCUGACAUCCUGCCCAUAGCUGUCAACCGUCCCUUAUUUGGCGGGAAACUCCCUUAUCCCAGCGCCAUUUCCCGCUGCUGUCCCUUACUGAUGAUGUCCCUUAAAUUUCCCUGGUUUCAAAGGAAGCAGCUCCUCUCCCUCCCUCCCUGCUGGCCAGGGAGGAGGGAGGCUCCAACUGUGUUGCUUGGCUGCGUUGCUCACCCAAUAACGAGUUUAAGAACAACGGGGGGGGAGCUUGCAUGCCUUGUGCCGAUCAAAUCGGCCGCAUUGCCUGGGGACUCGCCUUUGCUCAGCGCUUCCCAGCGGAGAGGUGUUGGUGGUUUUCCUUGCUGCAUCGCCUUUGCCGGGUUGCUGCACUGUGGGAACCACCGCUUGAGGCUUCGUUUGGCUGGGCUUUCUGCCUUUGGCUCAGAGAGGCUCAGAAGUCGAACCUACCUGUGCCCAGAAAAUCCCUUAUUUUGGCUGCUGAUCCCUUAUUUUUGAGGCUUCUGGUCCCUUAUUUUCAAAUCUGUAAGCUGACAGCUAUGAUCCUGCCCUUUCUCCACCCUUCUUCACCUAGUCACUAAGGCAAGGGUGGGGAACAGGAUUUUGCUGGAGGGCUGGCUCCUUAGUUCUUCACUCCCAGCAGGCUAUGUUGGCAGCUGAGUGGGCCUUCCGACCUCUCAAAUCACAUGGUGCCACAGUGUUAGGUCACUUACAUUUCCUUUCCAGCAUGGCUUGAAGUCACGCUGUGCUACAAAGGAAGAUCAAAGUGGGGCUUUUAAGUUCCCAGUUGGGGUUACAUUUCAUGCCAAAUUUAGAAGACAGUGAAUCUGUCACCCACAUGUCAAGGAACAGCCAAGAGCACAUUUUCAAGAUUGUUCCUUUUCAACCAUGUAUUUUCCUGUCUCACACCUGAUGCCUUAUGGCCUUCGGGGAAAUGGCAUUGUGGGCUAAAUUCAGGCCUCCCCCUAUUGAAUCUAAUGAGGCACAUAGGCUGCAGGCAACCCUGCGCUGUUGCAGUAAGGGCUCAGGCGGGGGGGGGGGCGGCAACCAUACUUUCUGGGCUAUCAUACUGCUUCUGAGAUGCUCCUGUAAAAUACUGAGUGCAUUACUUUUAUUCACUUGGAUUAAUGUAUAUCUAAUGUAAUUUUUAUACAGAAAUCCACUGGCCUUGGUGCAAGUAAACAUAGAGAGUCCUCAUCUAGGAUUGGAAAAUUACAAGUAAUUUAUUUUACUGGCAUUUUAGCUUUCAGUGUACUUUUCCUGCUAACUGUGGUUCUUCCACAAUAAAAUUCUUUUUUCCCCACUUCCGGCUUCAGUCCUUUCUUGUGAAUGCAACAUCUGCUUUCUGUAAAUGCAUGUUUCACAGGAUGUGCUUUUUUUCCUUUUGGGAAAGACAUGUCUCUGGACAGGACUAAAAUUCCUAAGCUGAGGGGGAAAGGGUGAGAGGGCAUGUCCUUCUGUGCGCAUGCACUAUUCUUGUUUUUCCUGAUCUUUGUCAAAUGUGGAAAUGCUCUUGGUGAUUUUAUUUUUCUUGGAUUUCACAUUUAUAUUUUCCUUAUCUACUGCUCCCAUUAACAAUGGCCUCUCCAUCCCUUUCUAAGGCAAGCUUGGAUAUUAAUCCAGCAGUUUUGCUGCCCAGUGCGAAGCCACCUUCAUUGUAUCCAAAGACUCCGAUUCAUGAACCUCAUGGCGUACAGCAUGUUGAAACAGCCUCUGCUGUAGGAAGUAAUAAGGAGAUGGGAGUCAGCUUUGAUGAUCCCAUGCAAGCAGACACACUGCAAAAUGCCAACAAGGUAUAACUUUGUAAUACUUCAUGCAGCAGCAUCCUUGAUGCUAUUUGGAAUGUACCGUAUUUUUCGCUUUAUAAGACGCACUUUUUCCCCUUCAAAAAUUAAGGGGAAAUGUGUGUGCGUCCUAUGGAGCAAAUGCAGGUUCCUUGGCUUCAGCGAUAGCAACGCAAAGUCUCCGGAGGCUUCGCGUUGCUUUCGCUGAAGCCUGGAGUGCAAGAGGGGUUGGUGCGCACCGACCCCUCUCGCUUUCCAGGCUUCAGGGAUAGCCGCCUGAAGCCUUUGGAGCGCAGUGCGAGUUCCCGAUGCGCUCCGCAGGCUUCGGGUUCCUUUUGCUGAAGCCAGGAGAGCAAGACUCUCCCGGCUUCAGCAGAGAGGGCUGCGUAGCACCCCUUCAGCCAAGCGGGAGGAGAAAUGGAAGGGGCUCCGUUUCUCCUGCCGCUUCGCUGAAGGGGCGCUGAGCAGAGAGGGGCAGAAUUUUUUUUUCUUGUUCUCCCCCUCUAAAACAAGGUGCGUCCUAUGGUCGGGUGCAUCCUAUAGAGCGAAAAAUAUGGUAAGUUUACUUCUUUCUCAUUUUGUGUCCUGUUGUCACCUUGGCUUCAUUGUUAUUGCAGGGCAGAAUCAAGGUGACUGGGAAGCGAAGGCCACCUACCAGAAGUGCCAGGCGAUUGGCUGCUCAAGGGGAUAACUCGAAUGACAUGAACAUUGCUGAGGAUCCAUCCCCGCCUCUCUUCAAAGAAAGCUCUGUGCCACCAGCCACAUUGCAUCCCUCCAACGUAAAACUGCAUAGGAAGGAAAACACUGAAGAAUCUCAAACGCCUCUACCAACCAACAGCAGUGAGCAGCUUCACGAGGCAGCUGGUACCCCUGGCUCAAAAUCAGCAGCCCAGCCUAAUGUGCAUGAUCUCUUUGAGUCAAAUGAUAUUUUUGCUGACAGCAUAGCAUCUAAAGUGACCACGAGACCAAAGGCAAAGGUGGAAACGGAAAGCCUCAUGAGCCAGGUCCCUAAAGGUGGGGAAGGUUUGCCUGUUCCAUUGGCAUUGGAUGGUGCAAAUAGUGAAGGCCUCUUCCAGGCUGAAAAGCCCUCAAAGAAACCCGACCCAACUCCAUUCUUGGAGGAUGAAGAUGAUCUCUUUGCCACCAGUAAAAAAACUGUGAAGAGGAAAGAUCCAAAACCCAUUCCUCAGUUAGUCCAGGAUCCUUCCGUCCCAGAUAUUUUUGAGGUAAUAGAGAAACAUAGAAUUUUAGAGUUGGAAGAGACCUGCCAGUAUGUGAAUGUUGGAAUCUUGUUCCUUCGGGCCUGGACAUGGCUUCUUUUGUGCUCUGCUACUUUUGCUUAGCACAGGGAUGGGAAAUGUGCAUCUUCCAGAUGUUGAGCUCCAUUUCCCCGUCAUUCCUGACCAUUGGCCUUGUUGGGGCCAAUGGGAGUUGGAGUCAGACAACAUAGGGAAGACCACAGCCUCCCUGUUCCUGGCUCAGCAACUCUGUAAGCAUGGGCUUACAGUCCACUGCAUAAAUUCCUCUGAAAAUUAGAUAGCACGAGGGUGUGAUGUCAUAUUGUAGAAUGGGGAGGUGGUUAUGUUGUGAUUUGGAAAUCUUGAUUAACUCUGGAAAGCUGUAGGAAACAUAGGCAUGUUUAACUUCUUCAUUUCCAGUCUCCUCCUUUUACCUGGUCUCUCUGGGUUUUCUUUCCUGGGCCAGCCUUUGAAACACAAUGAUACUUUGGCAAAUCCUGAGUACAAUUCACCCAGUUCAUUUCCAUUUUUCCCCUCCACUGGAUGAUCUCAGUGAAGAGGCAGUUGCUUUAAUUAUCUAUCAAGCAUUUAUGUAGAUUUUGUUGUGGUGUGUAGUGUGCUUUAAAAUUCUUACACAUUCGGCAGAAGUUAUUAAUGGGCUGCUUUAUGUGUUACUGGAGUAGCAGGGAAGAGAAUUUAACUUGGCUAGAUUCUAUGUUGUACCACUGGCAUCUGUGUCAGGUAUCGCGCACAGAGGUAGCCUGAAAACUCCCACUUUUUAAUUUUGGAAUUAUUUUUCAAAUACAACAAAAAGAAACAUUGCCAACUCACAUCACACUUCUUUUUUAUUUAUUUUUAAAAAACCUUGCUGUGUAGCAUAUAAAGAAGUAACUUGCUCAUGUUGAUAGAAAUGUGUUGAUGCCAGAGAAAGAUAGGUACACUUUGCAAAUCUCACUGCAAAGGAGCUAUGCACAUUUUACCUUCAGCACCAGCUGAAGAUAUGCCUCUUUGCCCAGAUUUUUUUUUGGGGGGGGGGGGGGCUCAGUUGAUGAGGCCAGUUGCCAGUUAAUUGCCUGCUGUACUGUGAACAUUUAAGGAUUUUUAAAAUAUAUAUAUAUAUAUUGAUGUUUUAUGUCUUUUUACUGCGGUUUUUGCGAUUUUAGUAUUGAAUUGUUGUGUAUGAGUUGUUGUGCUGUGACUUGUGAUCUGCCCUAGGAUUAUUAAGCAAGGAGGGGUGGGAUAGAAAUUUGAUAAAUACCAUGAUUGCCUAUAGCAGGGGACUCCAACCUUAUUGGGUCCCAAGGUACAUUUGAAAAUUGAAGAAGUGGCACAGGCACUACAAAAGAAAAACUGGUAAUACUCAUUGCCUCCAACCCCAAACCAGGCAGAAUGAGAGCAGCUGUAUUCUGAAUUACCAGCCUCCAAGUAGCGAGAGUAGGGAAAUGUGGCUACACAAACUUGUCCUAUACUGAAACUUCUCUUAUUUUAUUCAAGGAUGAUAUAUUUGCAUCAGAAGCUCUUAAGCCGCCUGUCAAAGCAAAAUCAAAAGAGCUGGAAGUGAACCUGUUUGAUGAUGAUGUUGACAUCUUUGCUGAUCUUGCAGUAAAACCAAAAGAAAGGAGUGCCAAAAAGAAGAUGGAAUCUAAAUCUAUAUUUGAUGAGGAGAUAGGUAAGGAGUUAAUGUAAGCAAUUAGGUCUGUAAUAUGGUUACAAGUGCCAAGUGGUGGUUUUCAUAGGGUAGAGAAAAUUUAUUAUCUCCUCUGAAUGAGCAGUUUGCAUUGAAAGGAUAUCCUCCCAUUGUAAGAAAAUUCCCACUGCUUGUCUGUAGCUAUCCCAAUAAUCAGUCCCCAUCCCAGAUGAUGCUAUAUUUGCAUUUUGAAAAGCCUGCAUAAUGUGAAAGUGUGUUUUUUGUUAAUACACGGCAGAGGGGUGCUGUGUUUUCAAAUGCUCUGUUACUUCCAACAAAGUUUUGGUGUUAACAGUGUUUACAGAAUAGACUAAAAUGUGAAACAUCCAAAGUAUCUCAGUACUUGGCUCAAACGCUUUUGGCACAGUCAGCAGCUCCUGUAUCUGUCAUUACUGACCCACUAAAUUCCAUGAGCAGGUUCAGUGUUGCUUCCCGGGCAAUAGCUACUAACCUUGUUUUGUAUCUGGUUAAAUUCACACCAGUCACAAAACCUAUUAUUUGACUUUCACAACUCCAUUUGAACCGUAAUAAUUUCCUUCUCAUUCUCUAGAGGUUUGGGGGUAUCCAUAGUUAGGAUGGCAGAAAAAAAUAAAUACAGCAAAUAUGUACAUACUUGAUAUUUUGUUGUUUUUUAUAUAGCUAGAGACACUAUCCAAAAAUAGAAAAUAGAGAAGCAAAUGGAGACAAAACUAAAUGGGCAAAUAUGAUGCAAUUAUUUCUGCUACACAUUUAGUUACAGUAGGAAAUUACAUCUGGAAUGGUCUAAAGGCUUUGUGAGUUUUGAGGAGGGAUUUGACGUAAAUAAGGGUGAAAUUCCAUAGAGACUAUCUGGAAGACAGUUUAAGGCCUAAGGGACAGGAUGGGAGAAACGGCAGUUGUUUCAAGGAACAAGAAUCUUAUGGAAACUAAAGUUCCGCCUUUUAAUAGGAAAAGAUUACUAUCUUCCCAUGUAAUGUGCACUGAUGAGUAUCUUUCAAGAUCAUUAAAAUGGCAAGAGACAGAAUAUUGUCUAGUUAAUACUUGAGGCAGGUCAUGUAAUUUUUGAGUCUGAGAUAAUCUGAGCAGGAGCUGGGACUUUUCCAUGACCAUUGCCUUUAAAACAAUUCAGCAAUGGGCGGAAAAGCGUGGUGGUGAAAGGUGACAAAACACACAAAACUAGUAGUGUCUGUCUCCCUUUUAAAAUGGAAGCCAGCAAUAUCAAUUUGGCAAAACUUUAGAAGUCAUUGGCAAUAUAAACCAGGUUCAUCACACUUGCACACAGACAACAUUCUCAGCCAAAUGUAGCUUUUUUUUACCAUUGGCAGUAAUUGUGUAUUUCCAUUUCCCAUUCUCUCUCUCUCUCUCUCUCUCUCUGUGUGUGUGUGUGUGUGUGUGUGUCUUUAGAUGAUAUCUUCUCACCUAGUAGUCAAUCCAAGACAACCAUCAAGAAGGCCCAGUCCUUUCAGGCAGCUUCAGGAACUAAAUCCGAAAUCAGAACAUCAAGUACAUUUGAAGACCCGCUCAAUGUAUUUGAAGGUCAAUGAAAAUGUAGCCGUUGACUCUUCUGUAGCACUCUUAUCCUGCCCAGUACUAAUUCCCUUGCUUUCCGAUUAAACUCCUGGUAUGACGGAGCUGUUCAGGCUCGCAUCUAAAUAUUUCUCCUUCCAGGGCAUCAAAAGAAACAUAGUGUUCCAAAAAUAAUUUCAGUACCCUGUAGCACUUCUGUUCCAGUUCAGUAGCUUAUACAUUGACCUGCUAAUGUAAUCUUUUGUACAGAGUAUAGAUUUUAUUAAUCAGAACUGUCAAAAUAAAUCUGAUAUUGAU